AUGUCUACAAAGUCAAAAAAGAAGGAACUGGCAGUCCCUCGCCCUAGUUCAAGUGUCGUCCUCAUCUCCCCAGAAAAUGAAGUCCUCCUCCUUCACCGCGUAAAAACGUCCACAUCAUUUGCCUCAGCGCACGUCUUCCCUGGGGGCAAUAUAUCUGUGCGACAAGACGGGGAAUUUACAGUCAGCCUGGAAGACCCGCGGCGGCAUUAUGAUGGUAUUAAUUACCGGAGGGCAGCUAUCCGGGAACUGUUUGAAGAGAGUGGCAUUCUACUUGCGACGGAUACUACCAAUUCCCAGAAGCUGGUACAUGUAGAUGAGGCGGAGAGGGAGAGGGGGAGGUAUGAUAUCCAUAACAAUAAGAUUGGAUUUGGGGAAUGGCUGAAGAAACAGAAUUCGACGGCCGAGAUGGAUACUGAUAAUCUGAUCCCAUUCACCCAUUGGAUUACACCACCGAAUUUACCAAAGCGGUUUUCGACGCAGAUGUAUCUCUACUUCUUACCAAUUCAGGACUCAUCAAAAGCAAGUGGUGAGGAGAAUACAGCACAAGGAUUACCCGAAGGAGGCAGACAAGAAGUGCAAGUCCCUACUUCCGACGGCGGCGUAGAAAUCAAUGAAGCCAGAUUUCUACCAGCAUCGAACUGGCUACAGCAAGCUCAAGCCGGCGAGAUCAUUCUCUACCCGCCUCAGUUCCUGUUGCUUUCUGUCAUUGCGCAAUUCCUGGAUCAAAGCCCAUCCACAUCUAGUUCAACAGAUAAACAAGCGCGAAGAAAAGAAUUACUCGAAUUCAUCCACAGCGGUAACCCGCCAUGGACAGAUAAAUUCGUAUGCCCGCGAAGUCUGCAAUUGCUGGAUGACAAGAGGGCUGUGCUAGCAUUGGAUCACCCGGGGCCGGAGUUGCAUGGUUCAGGGAAGAAGGGAGAUGACGAGAGAGUGAUUGUGGUUAACUUUGGGAAGGAUGGGCCGAGAAAUGUUGAAGUGAGAUGGAAGAAGGAUGUUUUGAAAGAGGAGAAGAGUUCUUUAUAG